AUGAAGGAUCUUGGUCCUUUGAAAUAUUUUUUGGGUAUUGAGGUUGCUCGUAGCUCUGCAGGCUUAUUUUUAAGUCAAGGAAAAUAUACUUUGGAUAUCAUCUCUGAAUCAGAUUUAUUGGGUGCAAAGCCAAGUGGGUUUCCGAUGGAACAAAAUCACAAGCUCGGCCUAGCAAGUGGUGUGCCACUUUCGGAUCUAGAGCAAUAUAGAAGGCUGGUUGGUCGUCUGAUAUACCUUGCGGUAACACGACCUGACUUAGCCUAUUCAGUUCACAUACUAUCUCAAUUUAUGCAAGAACCCCGUAGUGAAAAUUGGAAAGCAACAUUGAGAGUAGUGCGCUAUUUAAAGGCCACUUCGGGACAUGGUAUUCUUUUGAACUCUGAUUGUGACUUAAAUCUGCAAGGUUGGUGUGACUCAGAUUGGGCCACCUGUCCUCUUACGCGGAGGUCUUUGUCUGGGUGGCUAGUAUUUCUUGGCAAGUCACCUAUUUCAUGGAAAACUAAAAAGCAGCACAUAGUGUCAACAUCAUCGGCAGAAGCCGAAUACAGGUCCAUGGCAGCUAUUACUUGUGAACUUAAAUGGUUAAAAGCUCUACUGUUGAGUCUAGGUGUUCAGCAUCCGAAGACAAUUAAAUUAUUUUGUGAUAGUGAGUCAGCUCUGCACAUAGCUAAGAACCCGAUUUUUCAUGAACAAACGAAGCACAUUAAAGUCGAUUGUCACUUUGUUCGAGAUGCAAUUACUAAAGGCUUGAUCUCUCCCUCUCAUGUUCCAACCAACUCACAGCUCGCGGAUAUCUUCAUCAAGUCUCUUGGCAAAUCUCAGUUUGAUUAUCUUCUUUCCAAGUUGGGCGUUUCCAAUCCUCACGUUCCAACUUGA